AUGCCCAAGUCCAAGCGCGACAAGAAAGUUUCCUUAACCAAAACUGCCAAGAAAGGCUUGGAACUGAAACAGAACCUGAUCGAAGAGCUUCGGAAAUGCGUGGACACGUACAAGUACCUUUUCGUCUUCUCCGUGGCCAACAUGCGGAACAGCAAGCUGAAGGACAUCCGCAACGCCUGGAAGCACAGCCGGAUGUUCUUUGGCAAAAACAAAGUGAUGAUGGUGGCCUUAGGUCGAAGCCCAGCGGAUGAAUACAAAGACAACCUCCAUCAGGUCAGCAAGAAGUUGAGGGGUGAAGUUGGCCUCCUUUUCACCAAUCGCACGAAGGAGGAAGUAAAUGAGUGGUUCACGAAAUAUGCGGAAAUGGACUACGCCCGAGCUGGAAACAAAGCGACAUUCACCGUGAACCUGGACCCGGGGCCCCUGGAGCAGUUCCCCCACUCCAUGGAGCCACAGCUGAGGCAGCUCGGCCUGCCCACCGCCCUCAAGAAAGGUGUGGUGACCCUGCUGUCCGACUAUGAGGUGUGCAAGGAGGGCGACGUGCUGACCCCCGAGCAGGCGCGCGUCCUGAAGCUUUUCGGCUAUGAGAUGGCUGAAUUCAAGGUGACCAUCAAAUACAUGUGGGAUGCACAGUCUGGAAGGUUCCAACAGAUGGGAGAUGACUUGCCAGAGAGCGCGUCCGAGUCGGCAGAAGAGUCAGAGGAAGAUGAUGACUGA